CUCUCAGAAUGUCGUGUCGUUAGCAAAAUUUUCUACAUUUCUUUUUUUCUAAAUAAAAAUUUUUUUUAUAUGAUUUAAAUUCAGGAAUCUCCUGUUAAUUCAAAAUUUCCAGUAUAAUUUUCACUUAAUUCAAAAAUUUCAUUUUUCAAAUCCCCCAAAAAAAUGGCAAAAUUAAACAGAUUCAAAGCUUUGGUUCUUCAAGAUUUAACACAAUUGAUACCGAAAAAGCAAAUCCAGAAUGAAAGCAUUGCGUGUUUUCAUAAUGCGGCCCCAACGUGGAGAUUUUGGAGUUUCCUGGAGUUUUCCAAAAGGGAUGGACAAUAUUUAAAUAGGACAAAAGAAAACGAAACUUAUGAUGAUAAUGUCAAUUUUCCGGAGAAGUUAUUGGCAUUUCCUCGGACACAAAUGUUCCAAUCGGCAUUUGGUAAAAAUGAAACAUCAGUUCAAGAUUCCUCGCCAUUCAAUGUUAAUCUCAAGAAUUUAAAAACCAAAGCUCUUUCAAAUUUAGAGUGUUCUGAUUCUGGACCAACAUCGAAAGCAGCCUACAAAUUUUCACCUUCAAAAAGUCUAACAAGAAUUUUUACGAGCAAACAAAAUUCGAACACUGCAUUACCAUUGCCAAUGGAUGCCACUCGACUGCAAAGAUCAAAAUCAUUUUCCAAUCAAAUUGUUUCGAGAUUAUCGUCGGGAAUUGCAAAAACAAGACGUGAAAUUGGUCUAAGCAUGUCGAAACCGGGACUAUCCAAACCAUCGAUUCAAAUAGCGAACAUGUCAUCAGGCAGCAAUGGAAAGCGAAGUAGUCGUCAACGAAAGAAAUCGAAAAACAAUAAAAGUGAAUCGCAAGAAUGUCCAGGGGCAUGUCCACCACCGCCACCACCACCCCCAUGCUGUCCUCCACCACCACCUUCAUGCUGUCCACCGCCACCAUGCUGUGAACCACCCUCGCCACCAAAGAAAAAUCGCCGCGAAAAAAGACCAAAAAGCAAAAAAUCAUCCAGCGAAUGUCCACCACCACCACCUGAGCCAUGUGCCGAAAUGGAAGCACCACCACCGCCAAAAGAAUGCGACUCCUGGUGUCCAGUGCAAGAUAAGGGCAAUUGCUAUAAAUCGAAAUGUCCCGAGAAGAAGAAGAGACCCUGCCCACCAAUAAAACCCUGUCCGCCAAGGUGUUUCGAGCCGGAUCCAUGCGAGGUACCAAAGGCAUUUUGCGUUGGAUGUCCAUCGAGCAAGAAAAAAAAAUCAAAUGAUCGCGAUUUUUCCACUUGGACUAAUUUUUCUGCUGUUGCACCUUUCGCCUCAAGAUCUUUCACAAGCGACAGAUGUGUCAAGGCAAAUCCAGAGGAGGAAACAAUUGAGGAAAGAUUCAAUAAAAGAUUUCCCAAACCUGGUCCAGCUUGCAAUGACGCAAAAGAUGACAUUUCUAAAUGUAAUUCUACAACCAUAAAAGUAUGAUAUCACCUUCUUAGUGCCUUCGAAAAAAAACUCCGAAUCGAAAAAAAAUCCAAACAUCCAUAAUUUUAUAUAAAAAAUGUUUAAAAAAAAAAUUAAAUAAACACAGAAUUCAAUUUUUACCAUAUAUACCAACAAAAAAUAUAUAUUUAGCCAGGAAAUGACAACAAUCCAAUUUCCUCAUGUGCAAAAAAUGAUAAACAAUUAAUUCAAAAUCUAAUUCGAAAAGAAUUUGACGAUGUUAAAAAGUGCAAAGAAAAUAUUAGAGAUAUAAAAAAAGGAAAUAAUUCUAAAACUAAAAAAGCGCACAAAAUUAUAAAUAACAAUAAUGGAAAUGAAAAAUGCCAAGCAGCAGCACCAAUAACUUCGUCUCAUAGAACAUUUUUCACAUUAUUUUCCAAACAAGAACAACAUUCACAGAAACAGCAAGAUAAAUCGAAAACAUCGGAAAAAAUUAAUAAUCAUUUAUCAGUUGUGGCGAAUAAAAUUAUUUCCGACGAUGCAAAUAAUAAUUUGAAAAAAUCAAUGAACAAGGAAGUUGGUGAUUUCGCUGAAAAUUUAACAUCCAGGGGGGGUACGAUUAAGGAAAUGGAAACACGCAAUUGGUUCACUUCUUGGUUACCUUAAAAUGGAAAUUUUAAUCAACGUCGAAAAAUAAUAUGUAAAAAUCUAUUACAAAAUCGCGAAUUUAUUCAGAUUAUAUUUGAUGAAGAAGUACGAA